GGCCCGCGCCCGGCGGCAACAUGAGCCAGGCCGAGCUGUCCACCUGCUCGGCGCCGCAGACGCAGCGCAUCUUCCAGGAGGCCGUGCGCAAGGGCAACACGCAAGAGCUGCAGUCACUGCUGCAGAACAUGACCAACUGCGAGUUCAACGUGAACUCGUUCGGGCCCGAGGGCCAGACGGCGCUGCACCAGUCGGUCAUCGACGGCAACCUGGAGCUCGUGAAACUGCUGGUCAAGUUUGGCGCCGACAUCCGCCUGGCUAACCGCGACGGCUGGAGCGCGCUGCACAUCGCCGCGUUUGGCGGCCACCAGGACAUCGUGCUCUAUCUUAUUACUAAGGCCAAGUACGCUGGCAGCGGCCGGUGAUGCCCGCCCGGACCCCGACCCCAACCCGGACGCGGGCCCCACGCAUAUCGCCUCUGCUGUACCUUCCCGCCAACUACCUCGGUGUGCGCCCGGCCCUCGGCGCCGCGGCCACGACGAGUCCGGCGUGCGCGUCCGUGUCCACGGGGCCCGCGCGGCGCCCGCUGCCCGGGGUCGGCGCCCCCCCCGCGGCUGCCGGGGGCCUGGCCGGAGCGCUUCCCACGGCCCCCGCCCGCCGCCUCGCGGGUGGGGGCGGGGCACGGGCUCCAGCCCCUUUGAAAUUUGAGUCUCGCUACCAGCCAGUUCGGAAUCCCGAGAUACCGGAUGCCCCGCUCAAAAUGUUUUCUCCGGAGGUGGAAAGCGGGUGGCGGGGACGCCGGGCUCGGGACCGACUCGCCACGGAGGAGACGCUCUGCUGUUGCUGGGGUUCUAAACUAUUUAUCGUCCGUCUAUAUAUUUGUGGGUGAAGUUUGUGCGCCUGAUUUUUUUUUUUUUUGGUUUGGAAAAUAUUGUGCGUGGUCAAUGUGGUUAUUGGGGGGAAGAUGCUUCCCCCCCCAGUCUUAAAACUAAAAACUUGAGUCUGUCAUUUGUUGGUUGCACUGAAAACACCGCCCAGCCUGAUGGUUUUCCUAUUUCUUCUCCCUCCUGUUUCUCUUCCUCACCUCUCUCUCCACUUCUUUCUCUACCUUCUCCUGUACCCGCUUUUCUCCCCUUCUCUCCUCCUUCCCGUCUCUCUCUCUCUCACUCUCACAAAGUGUGAGCUUUGGGAGUCCCAGGCCACCAUCCCCAAAGCUACUGGUUUUGCAAAGUUUCCGCAGAAGCCUGGGUGCUCGGGUGUGGCGGUGACUGAGGGGAGUGGGGUGGGGACCGUACCUUUUCUAGUGAGUUCUAUUAUAGUUAACAGUCGGUUGCACACUUUUUUAAAAAAGUAAAUGGAUUUGCCACAAUUAAAUGUCAUAACAUUUAUGACAAUAUAAAAUAUUAACAUAUUUUAAGCCAAGUUUUAGGUGUAUUUUUUGAAUCUUGGUUAUAAACCCAAUUUUAAAGGGCGUUGUAUCCAGCGUUGUGUAGGCAACAGUGUACCCAUAUUUAUAUUUUUAUAAAAUACCUAUAAGACUGUGAAUCUCUUGUGCUACUUGCUGAGUUGGAAGGACCGUUUGCCCCUCUUCAGCCUCCCAGAGUUUCAAGAACUCGAUACGAAUCCCAAAAUCCUGCCAUGGGGGAGGGGCCGCCGGGAGAGCUGCUGGGAGACCUGCGCGGGAGGCGGUGCUUCUGCGUCACUUUCUGUCCUGAAAAGCGCCCUUCCCGGUCUCCGCGGUUCCAAUUUUCUAUGCAACUCCACACCCCUUGUUGUUUUGAUCCUGAGAAAUAAAAGGGAGGCUGAAUUAUUCAAAUUUAAAUGAGGCUUCCUGGGUAGAAGUGCUGCUGACCCUUCGUGCAAAAAUGGGGAGCACUUGAGGACACAGGUGGGUGGAGGCCCUUUGUGCGUGGCUGGUCAGAUUCGGGCAGUCAUCUGUGGCUUUAUAUAAAAUCCUGUGUGAGAAGAAUAUAUUGAUAAUGUCAGUGAAACAAGCAGACAUUGAAACUGAGGCACAGAUUACUCCAAAAGGAGUUUUUCUGUAUAUUUUUUCUAGAUGCAAAUACCUUUUUAAUUAUGUUAAUUAAUGUUAAGAUUUUCUAGGCUUAUGGAAGCUGUGUAUGGGCCCCAGUAUGAUCACUUCUAACUGGGUGAUGCCUGCAGCACAUUCCUGAGUGUACGAUAUACUUGUAGCCCAGCAUGGAAAAUUUAUAAAUAAAUUUUUCAUUGAUUUUUUUUAUUAAAA